AACAGACAUUUCUCAAAGUUCUAGAGGCUGGAAGUCCAAAUUAGGGUGCCAGCAUGGUCAGGGGAAGGCCCCCUUCAGGUUGCAGACUUCUUGCUGUGACCUCACGUGGUGGAAGGAGUGAGAAAGCUCUGUGGGAGUCUCUUCUUACAAGGGCACUAAUCCCAUCAUGAGGACUCCAGACUCAUGACCUAAGCACUUCCCAAAGGCCUCACCUCCUAACACCAUCCUACUGGGCAUUAGGAUUUCACCAUAUGAAUGUUGAAAGGACACAAAUCUUCAGAUCGUAGUAAAAAUACUGUGUGAUAGUAUAACACAUACUAUGUGAUAUGCUUUUUUUUUUUUAACUUGGUAAUGUGUGAAGGUCAUCUAGGUAGAGAUCCUUUGUUUUUGUGCUUUUCUAGGACUCCCCCUGCCAGGUAGGAAUCUUUUCCUUUGCCCUCUCCACCCACCUCUGUUUCUCACUCGUGUUGACAGCCUGGUUGUUUGGAGUUAGUCUAAUCGAAUGAGAUAACACUUGGUCCAGCGGCAUCUGACUCUGCGCCCAGUGGUUCUGAGCACUGUCUCCUCUUGAGGCCCACAGAGGAGGGAUGUGAUCUUCCUGUUUUACGGCCCCACAGGCUCCUCUGACUUCCACCUUCCUUGGAAACCUCAAGGGAUCACGCGAUGGCAGCAGCCAGGCUCCUACCACCACCAGCAGGACCCCAACCCCUGUCAUUCCAGGCCAAGGUGACCUUUGAGGAUGUGGCUGUGCUCCUCUCCCAGGAGGAGUGGGACCGCCUGGGCCCUGCUCAGCGGGGCCUCUACCGACACGUGAUGAUGGAGACUUAUGGCAACGUGGUGUCACUGGGACUUCCAGGAUCAAAGCCCAACGUGAUCUGUCAGCUGGAACGAGGAGAAGAGCCAUGGGUCCUGGAGGGACAAGGGGCUAAGGAGACUGGGGGCUUGGGCAUUGGCCAUUCAGAUAACUCCAAACGUGACCACAUGGCAGCUUGUAGGCAGCAAGACAGUUCACCCUGUCCAUGGGAAUAUGAAAACAAGGGAGAGAACCAAAAUAGGGACGUGAGUCGGAAGCCGUUUAUUUCAGAGGAAAUACCGGUGAUCCUGGGGAAAACACCCAAAGGAUGGAUUGAUCAAAAAAGUUAUGAACCUGAGCAGAGUUUCUGUGUGAGUCCAAGCCCUGUUGGCCCACCUGAAGUUCAGGUCUUGAGCCAGAGUGUGCCUCUCUCUCAGAAUCAGGCUGUUCCUAGUGGGGAGAGACCCUACAAGUGUACCGAGUGUGGCAAAUGCUUUGGUCGGAGCUCCCAUCUCCUCCAGCAUCAGAGAACACACACUGGAGAGAAGCCCUAUGUGUGUGGUGUGUGUGGGAAGGCCUUCAGCCAGAGCUCUGUCCUCAGUAAACAUAGGAGAAUCCACACCGGCGAGAAGCCCUACGAGUGUAACGAAUGUGGAAAGGCCUUUCGAGUGAGCUCAGAUCUUGCUCAGCAUCACAAGAUACACACGGGAGAGAAGCCACAUGAGUGUCUUGAGUGUCGGAAGUCAUUCACUCAGCUCUCGCAUCUUAUUCAGCACCAGCGGAUCCACACGGGAGAAAGACCCUACGUGUGCCCACUGUGCGGGAAGGCGUUCAACCACAGCACCGUCCUGCGCAGCCACCAGCGGGUGCACACCGGGGAGAAGCCACACGAGUGUGCACAGUGCGGCCGUGCCUUCAGCGUGAAGAGGACGCUCCUCCAGCACCAGCGGGUGCACACCGGGGAGAAGCCCUACACCUGCAGUGAGUGCGGCCGGGCCUUCAGCGACCGCUCCGUCCUCAUCCAGCACCACAACGUGCACACUGGGGAGAAGCCCUAUGAGUGCGGCGAGUGUGGGAAGGCCUUCAGCCACCGCUCCACACUGAUGAACCACGAGCGCAUCCACACAGAGGAGAAGCCCUACGGGUGCUAUGCGUGCGGGAAGGCCUUCGUGCAGCACUCUCACCUGACCCAGCACCAGCGGGUGCACACCGGGGAGAAGCCCUACGUGUGCGGUGAGUGUGGACACGCCUUCAGCGCCCGCAGGUCUCUGGUCCAGCACGAGAGGAUCCACACAGGCGAGAGGCCCUUCCGCUGUGCACAGUGUGGCAAGGCCUUCAGCCUAAAAGCAACACUGAUCGUGCACCUGCGGACCCACACUGGGGAGCGGCCCUACGAGUGCAGCCGCUGCGGCAAGGCCUUCAGCCAGUACUCUGUGCUCAUCCAGCACCAGAGGAUCCACACGGGCGAGAGGCCCUACGAGUGCGGGGAGUGCGGGCGCGCCUUCAACCAGCACGGUCACCUGAUCCAGCACCAGAAGGUGCACAGGAAGCUGUGACCUCCUCUGCCACUAGGAAAACUCCCCGCCCCCCCCCCCCCCCCCCCCCCCGCCCCCCCCCCCAGUCCAGGAGAAGGUUCUGGUAGCUCCGUGGGAUGCCAUUGUUUGGUCAUUUAGUGUCACAAGUAACUCCAAAGAGAAGCACUGAGCAUGUUCCUAUGGAAGAAUGACAGAGCAUGCCUGUUUUGUUUUUCUCCACAUCUUGAAGUUAUAUUGAAGAGUAAAUGACACAACUAUGGUAAAUUUUGGUAAAGACACCCAUAAUUCUUUAACAUUAGAAAGUUUAUUGGAAGAAACUGAAGGAAUUGAAGACAUAAGGAUUACUAUCACAAUGAAACUUUCUUACAUUCUAAAUAAAGAUUUUGCUUAGAAUAUUACAUGCCUUUCCUAAAAACAGUAACUAUUCUAAUUAUUCCCUCUAAAAUUAGAAUUGGAUUAUGUGCAGUAUUCUGUGAAAACACUAAAGUGUGUGGAUAAAAUGAUAUAAAAAAAGAUUGUCAUCAAGUAUCAUAAUGUAAUAUGGCUAGAAAUGCUAAGUGUGUGGAACCACUUGUUUUGUAUGAAAAAAAGAAAAAGUCUAAAUAUUAGUGAGAAAACACUUCAUCUGGUGUUUGAACUUUAUUCAAGAUGAGAAGGGAUUUCCUAACUUUUUAGUGAAAAUUCAACUCAAAAAUGGAUGUUUGCCUCAAAAGCCACCCUUAUGACUUACAGACCUUACGCUCUGGAACUCAUAGGAUGUCUUGGGUCUCUGGACCCCAUGUGGGUAGGAAGGAAGCUUUGCCCUCAGAGCCCAGACCUUAUAGCUGCUACACCAGCUGGGUGCCUCUUUACACAUUGUGGUGUUUCCCAAAAAAGUUUUACUGAAAAGACCGUUCUUUGAUACAUAUUUUUUAUGAUCUAAAAUUUUCAUUCCUGUGUUUGAGGUUUUUAUUUUUUUACAUGCCAAGAAGACUCUGGUAUACAUUAUCAUAUACUAAAAUGAAUCUAUUUUAUUCAUAAUUUUUAAGUUCUCUCUCUCUCUCAAGCUUCUCAGGAGAAAUGAAGGACUAGAGUUGAUCCUCGAGGGCACGGCAACACACUGACACUGAUAAAAGCUCCUUUUCCCCUCGCUGUGAUACUGCUGAGAAGAUAACAUCACAGGUGAAAGUGGAAGUUGAAGUAGCUGGUGUUACCUCAGCAAGGAGAUAGGCUCCUUCUGAAAGGGACUGAUGUCACUAACAUGUACUGCAGAGCAGUUGGGGUCACUAAGGCGUAUGUUAGGAGAUGAGCUCACUGAGGUGUCCCUUCACUGGAGUGGAGAUCACAUGGGUGUUUCUUCAGAGAUGGCUGAAACCCCCAAGGAGAGACUGUAGUGGAGUCUGAGGUCAUGGGGCAAUUCAGAGGAGCUGAUCACUGGGUGGUUACUUCAGAGGAGAGAGCAAUAGUGUCACUUCAGGGAAGCUGAAGUCCCUCAGAUGUUACUGCAGACAGUAGCUGAAAUCACUAAGAUGAAACUCCAGAUCAAUAGAGUUCACAGAAGCAUUACUUAGGAGCUGAGACCAGUGAGGUGCUAGCUCAUAAAUUCCCACAGAGGGAAGCUUCCGCUCCGUGCUGGUUGAGUUCCUAGCUGGCAUCUGACUCAGUGGCUGCCCCUCAGAGCCCAUCACUACCCGGGGUACAAUUCCUAAUCAUGUGGAAGAGUUAGAAUAAGAAAUAGGCAUAUUCCAGUCAAGAUGAGAACAGGAGUUCAGUUAAAUACAAUGUACAGAAAUACUUGUUUGGGAAGAUGCUGUGUAUCACAGGACAACAUAAAUUACACAGUACGGAUCGUUCUGGAUCACUAAAUCCAAAUAAUCUAGGGUUUUCAGGGGGACCAAAAUGUAUAGUUGGCUUUUUUACCUUCUUAAGUGAACUUCAUAUUCUGCCUUUGCUUGCUAUCAGCCGCCAUUGACCCACUGGUGAGUAUAAGGCUCAAGUGUCUCUGCAGCUGGGAGGUGGCUUCAGCGCCCUUCUCCCUGGGGAGGAUGCCUGGGCCAUGCAUUUUUGCCACUCACCUCUCCAAGGACCAGGAGGUAGUAUAUAACCUGCCAGAACAUAUGGUCAGUCUCCCUUUUUUGGAAGUGGUAUCAGGCACCAGAAUGACUUUGGGGUCCUUUCACCCUGUUAAUUGCCAUUACCUCCCACCUCUGACUGGUUAACAGUAUUCCACACUUACUUUGGAUUUUUUUUACUUUUAUGUAGAAGUUUUUCCAUUUUAUGCAUUUAAAUUUUUAUCUUAUUUCUCCUUACUGCUACCAAGAAUUUAACAGUUCUCAAGUUUUCUGUUACUUAGAAAACACCGGGAACUUUAUUUCUGUGUACUGUGUAUAAUCAGACAUAUUUUCCAAUAAAAAAAGAAAUGACUAGAACACCUA